ACUACGGAACACUAAAUUGAUAUGAGCAAAUAACUGAUGAUAGUGUCAAACAUACCUGAACAUACCCAUCGUGUUUCAUUUGUUUCGCUGGUUUUGCAGUGUGUAGUGAGGAACUCUUGGCAACGGAAGCCCAGAGUAUGCCAGUAAAGAAAAGAGCUGUAAAGCGGCGAGGUUCAGGGUCCAAUGUCGGAUUGGCAGUAAAGAACAGCAAGAAACAGAAAUUAUCUCUGUCACGUCCUGAGCCCCCAUACACCAAGACACCAGGUGUUGUGCUUACAUUUGGUCAAGGUGAUGUUGGGCAGCUUGGUCUAGGAGCAGACACAUUGGAACGAAGCCGCCCAGCGGUUGUGCCAUGUGUGGAUCAUGUGAUAGAUGUGUGUGCAGGAGGAAUGCACACAGUCUGUCUCACAGAGUCUGGAGAGGUGAUAACAUUUGGCUGUAAUGAUGAGGGGGCAUUGGGUCGAGACACUAGCAAGGAGGGUUCAGAGAUGGAGCCAGGAAAGGUGAUCUUGGAAGGCCGUGUGGUGCAGAUAACAGCUGGAGAUUCUCACACUGCGGCACUGCUCGCUGAUGGGAAAGUGUAUGCCUGGGGCUCAUUCCGAGACUCAAGUGGGACAAUGGGCCUCUCAUCAAAAGGAACAGAGAAACAACCCAUAGAAAUGUUGCCAGGCUAUGUUGUUGUGAAGAUAGCAUCAGGGGCAGACCACCUGGUCAUGUUGGAUGAAAAUGGACAGUUGUACACAUGUGGGUGUGGGGAACAGGGGCAGCUGGGGCGAGUAACCGAGCGAGGAGCAAGUCGUGGGAGCAGGCAGGGCAUGGCCCAUUUGCUGUCCCCCAUGCUGGUGACAUUCAAGCCAAGACACAGACCUGAAUUUGAAGAUGUGUGGGCAGGUACUUACUGUACAUUUGCGAAGGAGAAAUCAAAAGGAGAUAUAUAUGUAUUUGGGCUGAAUAACUACAACCAGUUAGGUCUAGAAGAACAGAAAAGCCACUUUCAUCCAGUGGUCUCAAGAGCUUUCUCGGGGAAAAGUUGGGUUCAGAUUUGCGGUGGACAGCAUCACAGUAUUGCACUAGACAGUGAAGGUGUGAUAUAUGUGCUUGGGAGGAAGGAGUAUGGGCGCUUGGGGUUGGGAGAGGACUGUGAUGAUGCUAAGGAGCUCAUCCCCAUCUCUGCCCUCAGGGAUAAGAAGUGUGUGGAUAUAUCAUGUGGGAGUGCUGUAUCAUUUGCUGUCACAGAUGAAGGUGAGCUUUAUGCAUGGGGCAUGGGCUCUACAGGUCAACUGGGAACAGGCAAAGAAGAGGAUGUACACACACCUCAAGUUAUUAAGAGCAAACAGCUGGAGUCACAUCAUGUGCUGCAUGUUUCGGGUGGGGGGCAACACACUGUCUUACUAGCCAAGUCAGUCAACCAACAGAAUUAGUGAGGUAAUGGUACUGCUCAGCUUCUCAGCUUUAAUAUUUAUGGUAUUUUAAUAUCACUGACAAGAUUUCAGUAUGCAGAAGCACAGCACAUUUCCAUCCCCCUCAUUUUAUCAACUUCUGAGCCAGUUAAGAGCAGUAGUUGAUAUAACAUCAUAAAUACCCCAUAACAUUUAAUGUAAACUUUUGUGUAAACAUCUUCAACACUUAGCCUUCAAAUAAAAUAACUGGCUCCAAUUAAAAUGUAUUUUCUGCAAAAGAAAUAUGAAUAGUUUUUCUUCUUUUGCUCACAACCAUAUAGAUCACAAAAUCAACCUGAUACAGAGUUCAUUAUACUGUUAACAGAUGGAAAAACAGCCUCUGUUAUAGUACUGUAUAUGACCACCUACACAGCUGUUGGAGAUCCAACAAACGCUGAAACAAGAAGUUUGUAGUGUUGGCAUGUUGUGACCAUGGAGGGAUAAGUAUAAAUUACUGGUACAACAGUCCUGUGUGGUACUGUCUUCAGCAUUGCAACUUACAGCCAGAUGUCUAUUCAGAAUACUGGUUGAUGGUAUAACUUGAGGCUGUAAUACAUUGAAAGUUGAAGAUGUUUUGUUAAGGUGUGUGUCAAUUGUAUAAUUUGUAGAAUAUGUCACUCCCUAGAUGAUAAGGGCUGAGAAAUGUAAAACCUGAUUUCAGCAAUACAUAAAAACAUUGUUCUAUUCCAUCAGUCAUUUGCAUUUCAUUAGUCUGUAUCAUGUGUGUUCUGGUAUCAACUGGAUGAACUAAUGAGACCACAACAAAAGCCAACAGAUACUGGUGGAGGUUAACCAUUUGUGAGAAGAUGGUAAAGUUGUAUAUGGUUUGGUGCCAGUUUUUUGAUGGCGAUCAAGAUUUUGAAAAGUAUUAUGUGCCAUGAUAUUUCAUCUCCAGAACGUUUGAUGGGAUUGAAAUGGGAUGACAGCACUUGGCUGCAUUGGUCAGUGAAACAUGUACAUGUUACGAAUGACAUGUUGGUUGGCUUGUCUUUUUCCCCACAUCUGAAUUUUUAUUAAAUUGUAUGCUGGGAAUGUUUAUCAGUUGUAAACCUAAGGACAACAUUCAGACAGUCUCUCUAAUAAAAAUUAAUUUUUUAGAAAUACUCCACUUGUUACCUAACCUUUCAAGAAUAAAUGGAAGAAAGUGACUGGCA